GACUUCCUCCCAGGAAGACAGUCACCAGCCUCUUGAGAAACAUCGAGGCAGCAGCUCGACCCACUGUCACCAUGAGGACGAGCUUGACCGUCCAACGCUGAUCAGAAUCUCCUGUCGGGUUGGCAUGUUCGUGCCGGAGCACAGCUGUCGGCGAACCAGCUGUGGAGGCUUCAUCUGCUUGCUGCCUGGAGGAAGCCUGUGUGAGCUGAACCAUGAGUGGAGGUGGAGCCUCCCCUGAGGGCCUCGAGUGUCCGGUCCAAGGGCCCCAUCAGGCCUGGCACCAUUACAAAAAGCCCUGGCGGAGAUCCGACCCCCAGCCGGCUCCUGAGCAGCCACUGGACCGAUACAAGUGGAGAACAUCUGGUCGGUGGUCGCUGAACAAAGAGCAAAUCACAGCGCCUCCUCACCUGCGGCUGCUCAGCUUACCGAGGUUGAACACCUUCCCGAACCCGAGUGGAGAUCAGGCCCACGAUGACCAGGCGAGGUCCGGUUCUCUUCGCAGGAUCCUCCCAUUCCUCCGGUCCCUGUCUGAGCCCGGAGAUACCAACAGCCCCAAGAUACCAGCAACCCCCGAGACGAUGACAAGGAGGGCGAGAUUGGAGCAAACAGCGCCGUCCAUCAGCAGUUUCUUCAGCUCGCUGCAUCGGAGGAUCAGCAGAGUCCUCGAAGGUGAAGCCGAAACCAACAGAGGAGAAUCUGAUGUUAAAGGUCCUCCGGCUCACCGGUUCUCCUGUGGUCAGAGUCCGUACACUGACAGCGGCGCCUGGGAGAGAAAGUUCUGCAUCCUCACCGACAGCCAGCUGAUCCUGCUCAACAAGGACGACGAGGCUGCAGGUGAUGCUCAGGAAAGCCCCACCGACUCCAAGAAGGGCCGGAGCCUCCGCCGGACCGUUAGUGUCCCGUCUGAGGGGCAGUUCCCGGAGUUCCAGGCAGAGGGCGCCACUGUGCUGGAAGUGUCUUCGGAGCGGUCUCCGAGGAGGAGGAGUAUUUCUGGUUUGGGGAGUUCAGAGAAAAGCGUCGCAGUCGACAAUCCAAACUCGUCUCCCUUCAAAGUGCCGGGGUUUUUCAGUAAACGUCUCAAAGGUUCCAUCAAGAGGACGAAGAGUCAGACCAAACUGGACAGAAAUACCAGUUUCAGACUGCCGUCGCUCCGACCUGCUGAUGCCGACAGAUCUCGUGGGCUUCCCAAGCUGAAGGAGUCGAGCUCCCAUGAGUCUUUGCUGAGUCCAGGCAGCGCAGUGGAGGCUCUGGACCUGAGCAUGGAGGAGGACGUGUUUAUCAAACCUCUACACAGCAGCAUCCUGGGACAGGAGUUCUGCUUUGAGGUGACGUAUUCAGGUGGUAGCAAGUGUUUCAGCUGCACUUCGGCCUCAGAAAGAGACAAGUGGAUGGAAAACUUGAGGAGGACGAUUCAGCCCAACAAGGACAACUGUCGGCGGGCCGAGAACCUGCUGCGACUAUGGAUCAUCGAAGCCAAAGACCUGCCGCCCAAGAAGAAAUAUUUCUGCGAGCUGUGUCUGGACGACGUCCUGUAUGCCCGAACCACUAGCAAGACCCGCCACGACAGCCUGUUCUGGGGCGAGUACUUCGACUUCUCCAGUCUACCUGCUGUCCACAGCAUCACCGUGCACAUCUAUCGCGACGUGGACAAGAAGAAGAAGAAGGACAAGAACAACUACGUGGGCCUGGUCAACAUCCCAGUGUCGGGUGUGACGGGCCGGCAGUUCGUGGAAAAGUGGUACCCAGUCAGCACACCUACCACCAGCAAGUUGAAAGGAGGCGGGCCGUCGAUCCGCAUCAAAUCACGCUUCCAGACCAUUGCCAUCCUGCCCAUGGAACAGUACAAGGAGUUCGCCGAGUUCGUCACCAACAACUACACCAUGCUGUGCUCAGUGCUGGAGCCCGUAAUCAGCGUGAAGAACAAGGAAGAGAUGGCCUGUGCGCUGGUCCACAUCCUGCAGAGCACCGGCAGAGCAAAGGACUUCCUGACAGACCUGGUGAUGUCAGAGGUGGAUCGAUGUGCCGACCACGACGUCCUGAUCUUCAGGGAGAACACGUUGGCCACCAAGGCCAUCGAGGAGUAUCUGAAGCUGGUGGGACAGAAAUACCUGCACGACGCACUCGGUGAGUUCAUCAAAGCGUUGUACGAGUCGGACGAGAACUGCGAGGUUGAUCCAAGUCGAUGCUCCAGCAGCGAUCUGGCCGAACACCAGAGUAAUCUGAAGAUGUGCUGCGAGUUGGCUUUCUGCAAGAUCAUCAACUCCUACUGUGUGUUUCCUCGCGAGCUGAAGGAGGUUUUUGCGUCGUGGAAGCAGCAGUGCAUCGCUCGUGGCCACCAGCAGGACAUCAGCAAACGCCUGAUCAGCGCUUCCCUGUUCCUACGCUUCCUUUGUCCCGCCAUCAUGUCGCCGUCGCUCUUCUACUUGAUGCAGGAGUAUCCAGACGACCGGACGUCUCGGACGCUGACGCUCAUCGCCAAAGUCAUUCAGAACCUCGCCAACUUCACCAAGUUCGGCAACAAGGAGGAGUACAUGGCCUUCAUGAACGACUUCCUGGAGCACGAAUGGGCGGGGAUGAUGCGUUUCCUGUCGGAGAUCUCCAACCCGGAGACGCUGUCCAACACGCCGGGCUUCGAGGGCUACAUUGACCUUGGCCGUGAGCUUUCGGUGCUUCACGCUCUGCUGUGGGAGGUCGUCUCUCAGCUGGACAAGGGUGAAAAUUCCUUCCUGCAGGCCACCGUAGCGAAGCUGGGCCCACUGCCAAGGAUUCUGGGAGAUAUUUCUCGCUGUCUGGCUGCUCCCACGCCGGUCCAGCAGCAGCUUCGUCGCUUCCAGGAUCACAGCUCUGCCCACAACAUCAGCGGCAGCCUGUCGUCAGGGUUACAACGAAUCUUCGAGGACCCCACCGACAGUCGCAGUGAGGUUCGCAGCCUGCAGUCUCCUGUCGAGCUGAUGGAGGGUUAUGCUCGAGGUCAACGCCCCCUGCUGACUCAGCAGCAUCACUCCACCCGCACCAGCUUCUCCGACCAGGAGGAACGUGACAUCCUGCUGCCCAACGGUCGUAGCAUCUCUCUGGUCGACCUGCAGGACACCCAGAACCUGCAUGGACCCGCCGGGCCGCCACCGCACCACGAGGCCCCGCCCCGCCUCAGCAGGGUGGGCUCCCAGGCCUCCAUUGGUCAGGCCCCGCCCCUCGUCACCUACCCCCACUCCAACCCACUCACGCCUCAGCCGGCGCCACAUCAGGCCAAAGCUGCACCCAGAGACGGCCAGCCACAGAGCGCCCCACAGGUGAGGCGGCCGUUGCAUCCUUCCCUCAGCCAGCAGCGCAGCCUGCAGCCGCUGUCCUUCCAGAACCCCGUCUACCAUCUGAGUAACCCCGCCCACAGCCUGUCCACCAGCUCUGCCCACUCGCUGCGGCAGGACUCGAGCUCAGAGAACCUCAGCACCGAGAGUUCACACAACAGCCACAGCAACUCUGACGACUUCGGCAGCCAGGUGGGGGUCAAAGGUCGGGCGCCGUCCAACAGCAGUCUGGAUGAGUUGGGCAGCCGGCGGAGCACACAGAGCGAAGAGUGUUUGACGCCACGACGCCACGCACUGCCUGACCUGCCACCCGGCGCUGCCACAGCGGUCGCCAUCCCCCGUCAGAGCACGACGGCGGGCACCGCUCACAUCGUCAAGGUGGAGCAGCAGAGCCGAGGGGCCGGGGCCAGGACGCCACGGUCCCUCCCCCACAGUGGUCCCUCCCCCUCACUACGCAGCAGCAGCAGCGUCAACACUGAGCCGACGUCUACCACCGCCAUCAGCAACCGGCAGCCGGAGAACGUGGCUCCACCCCCGAGGACCACCACCAAGCAGCCGGCGCCACAGGUGGCAUCUCCGGUGGAGGCGGUGGCGAUGUCACCAGUGGAGAGAACGGCAGCCUGGGUCCUUAACAACGGCCAGUAUGAGGAGAAGGAGGAGGAGGGAGGAGAGAGGAGCAGAGAGGAGGGCAGGAACACUGAGAAGUAUGAGAUGGAGAUUUCUCGGCUGAAGGAGCGUCUUCGGGUUUCUGGCCGGCGGCUCGAGGAGUACGAGCGACGGCUGCUGGCUCAGGAGCAGCAGAUGCAAAAACUGCUGCUCGAGUACAAAAACCGGCUAGAGGACAGUGAGGAGCGACUGAAGAGGCAGCAGGAGGAGAAGGACAGUCAGAUGAAGAGCAUCAUCUGCAGGCUGAUGGCAGUGGAGGAGGAGCUGAAGCGGGACCAUGCAGAGAUGCAGGCGGUGAUCGAAGCCAAACAGAAGAUCAUUGACGCUCAGGAGAAGCGGAUCGGCUCGCUGGACACGGCGAACUCACGACUGAUGGCGGCGCUGACGCAGGUGAAGGAGCGUUACAGCGUACCGAACCUCCGCAACGGCCUGUCGCCAAGCAACCCCACCAAACUGUCCAUCACUGAGAACGGAGAGUUCAAGAACAGCAGCUGCUGAUUGGUCCACUGGCAUACGGGGCGGGCCUAAACUGUGUGACUCCGCCCACUUCUGUGAGGACCAGUGGAUUAAAAAAAGACAAACGGAAGUUUUAGAGAAUCUAUGAACACGAGUGUAAAUACUGAAGGUCGACCUGUUCAGUGUACAGAGUGUGUGUGUGUGUGUGUGUGUGUGUGUGUGUGUGUGUGUGUGUGCGCAGCAUCACAGAAGCACAGUGAGGACAGAAACAAACCAAAAACAGAAACUAAAAAUGUUUUCUAACCUACUUUUCUAUUGUUUUUAUUUGAACGUUCUUGUUUUUGUUGUCGAGGCUGAAGUUCGAUUUUCUUUGAUUCUCUUGUUUUAGAGUGGAUUUUUUUUUCUUUUCUUUUUUUUUUCUUACCUGACCAGUUGUUUUGGGUUUUAAUUUAUUCCUCCUCGUUCUCGUCCUGUUGCUGAUCUACUGAACAGACUCCUUGAGGAUCAGGGUCAAUGGUCAACUGUCUGCUGUCCCAUGUUGAGAAUAAAAAGCUGCCUGAAAGUCCCA